GCACGCCACGUCACGACGCCGACGCCAUGGCGGUCUCGAACUUUCUCAUGACCGCCGCCGCGAUCGCGGCGGUCGCCACGCUCAUGUCCAAAGACAUUCGAAAGACGACGACGACGCUCCGGCAGAACGUGAAGCAGAUCAGGGUGUGGGUGGAGGAGGCGGGGGCGGAGGCGUCGAAGAUCGGCGAGGAAGCGGCGAAGAAGCUCCCGGAGGGGAAGAAGCCGCCGUUCAAGGACCCGUCCGCGUGAGAAGACGCGCGACCGGACCGGACCUCACCUCAUCACGCGUACGUAGCGACGUAGAAACAGAGAAGGACGCGCGCCGCGUCGGCGAGCGCGGCGAGAUCGAUGACGAAGCCGGACGGCGACCCGCGAAGGGCGGGGACGGACCGCGGCGUCGACCGGAUCUUCCACCGCGCCGCCGCACCAAACGCGAAGGCGCGCGGCGGACUCGGACGCGCGCGCCGACGCGCGCUCGACGCGACGCUCUUCUUCGUCCUCGUCGCGUGCGUCGCGCGCGUCGCCGUCUCGUACGCCUCCGCGAGCGACGAAUCUCGCGCGCUGACGCAUCUCUACUACCAAGCCCCGUGCGUCGUCCUCGCCGCGGCGAUGGGAUGGGGGUGCAACCUUCUCGUCUGGUCGCGGAUGAAGAUCGAGCCGCAUCCGCUGUCGGUGUUCGAGCUGAGAGACGCGCGCGUUCACAUGACGCAUCGCGAGGUGUUUCGAGCGACGCUCGUCGCGGCGGCGGCGACGGCGGCGAAUCUGAGGUGCGUUCUAUACACUGAGGAGGGCGACGUCGACGCCGCCGCUAACGCGCCCGCGCUGCUCUACGUCUCCGCGCUCGUCGUGCUGCUGAUGCCGGCGCGGUGCGGCGCGCAUCCGCACACGCGACGGUUCAUAUCCAGUACGUUAGCGCGAUGCGUUUCGCCGACGCGAACCGUCACUUUCGGCGACUUUUUCGUCGCGGACGUCCUCUGCUCCAUGGCGAAGAGCGUGUCCGACGUGGAGCGCGCGACGUGCGGUCUCCUGACCGGCGGCAUCGUGACCGGUGACGUGGCGUCGAACGAGGGGACGUGCGGGGGAUACGAUUGGAAAGUCCCCGUCGCGCUCGCGCUGCCGUCAACGAUUCGGUUCGCGCAGUGCUUCCGGCAGUACGCGGAUUCGAAAAACGCGAGCGAAACCGGCGAGGGCGACGCGAACAAGCUCUGGAACGCGCUCAAGUACUUCAGCGCGUUCCCGGUGAUCUUCCUCAGCGCGCUGAAGUAUCACGUGUCGAGAGAUGAUUGGCUGGGGACGUAUCGACCGGCGUGGAUCGCGUUCGCCGUCGCGAACACCGCGUUUUCGUACUACUGGGACGUGACCCACGACUGGGACCUGUCGUUGUUCACGACCGUGGACGCGGGCCCCAAGGAGAGGCUCAGCGGCUUGCAACUCGCGGCGUCGAGAAGCCGCGGUCGCCGCGCGAUCUUCCUGCGACGCGAGCUCUUGUACCGGAAACCGCGGCGGUACUACUUCGCCCUCGCGUCCAACGCGGCGUUGCGUUCGGUGUGGACGUACAAGCUCUCGUCGCACUUGCGGCACGACAGCGAGCUCGUGUUUUUGUUCACGAUUGCGGAGAUCGUGAGACGGUUUCAGUGGUCGCUGUUUAGGGUCGAGAAUGAGUACCUCAAGUUGAGACGCGAGAACGCGCUUCCGAAGUGACGACGCGUGAGUAACAUAUCUCGCGAGGAAGCGGUACUCGACUCGCGGCGGGGCGGGGAGGAAAAAAAAUACACUUAUAGCACGAAGUAAUAUACUGUACACGACAUAGUAGG